AUAUGAAACGCAAACAAAGACAACGAAAGAGAGUCAAGAAGAGCUCGAAUAAACCAGCUCACGAAAAUGACGAGUACAAAUCUACUUUUAAGAUCAACCAAGCACUAAAGACCGAGAACUAUGCUUUAUUACGUGAGAUUGGCCGAGAAGAAGGCUUUCGAAGUGAUGCUAUUCGAAGAAGAGUAUGGCCCUUUUUAUUGCAUUGCACAGAUAAAGAAGUUGACAAAGUGAUAGAAGGCUCACUUGAAACUCCUCAUAAAGAUGAAAGCCAAGUCAAAUUGGAUGUGAUUCGAUCUUUUCAUACAUUUUCUACAAGUAUUUUGGAGGAAGACAAAGAGAGACUUCAAGACCAACUAAGUAAAGUCAUUACUCAUGUAUUAAGGUCCUAUCCUUCUUUACAUUAUUAUCAGGGGUUUCAUGAUAUUUGUUCUGUAUUUAUAUUACUCUUUGGCGAGAAAUAUGCCUCCAAGUUGAUGGAACCUGUCGCUUUGUUCUAUCUAAGAUAUGAGAUGUUUAUGAACAUGGAUCCUGUACUUAAGCAAUUGACUAUAUUAGAUACAUUCAUUCAACUUGAAGACAAGGAAUUACAUGCUUUUAUUUCAGAGGCAGGUGUACUACCUUAUUACUGUCUUUCCUGGGUCCUUACAUGGUGCAGCCAUGAUCUAGACAGCCUUGAAAAACUAACUCGAUUAUUUGAUCUGUUCUUGUGCUCAAAUCCUUUGAUGCCCCUUUACUUUGCUGCUGCAGUUGUACUUUCUAGAAAAAAGGAGAUACUUGCCUUACCUUGCGAUGUGAGCAUCCUCCAUAGUUUCCUCACUAAACUACCAAAAGAUUUGGAUGCCCAAACACUAUGCCAAGAAGCAUGUGUCUUAGAAGAAAGAUAUCCUGUCUAUGAUAUCCAAUGUAAAAGCCAGAUUGCAUUGGAUCAAGAAUCCACUGUCAAUUGCUUUGAAAAGGAUUGGAUACCCAUUGACAACCUACAAGACCUGAACAACACAAUUCAACAAAAAGUAAUUCCUAUCUUACAGACUCAAGAAAGAAAACCUAUUGAGCUUGUAACACUAAAGGAGAUUUCUUCUUCAGUUAAUGUACUUGACAAAUUGCGUCAAUUGGAUACAAAGGAUAUUGCUUUAUAUACAUUGUUUACAGUGGGUGCAGGUGUAGGCCUUGUUGCUAUUUUCAUGACAAAUGCAGAAUUACUAAGGGAAUGGUUAACAAGCGGUGUAUGAGUUAAAAAAAGAAAAAAUAAAAUGGGUGAAUAAUAAAGGAAUAAAAAUGU